AUGGCCUUUAGGAAGAAGUGCUUGCACAGCCCUACUGCAAGGUUACUUGCUGGCAUCACCAGUUUGGCUCUGGCGUUCCUCAUUGUGUUGGUCCCGAUCUUCACCUUGCAGCACUACUCCCAGCCAGGCUGUGAGCAGAACGGGUCCUGCCACCCUGACGCGGACAUGCUGGACUAUCUGCUGAGCCUGGGCCAGAUCAGCCACCGGGAUGGCCUGCUUGUCACCUGGUACCAUGCAGCCAACAGCCAGGAAGAGAUGCAAGAGGCUCUGAGCAGCAAUGCCAUGGUCCUGGAGGCUGAUGUCACUGUAGAAGGGCUCGACACAGCCAAUGAGACAGGGGUCCCCAUCAUGGCCCACCCCCCGGCCAUCUACAGUGACAACACACUGCAGCAGUGGCUGGAGGCCGUGCUAGCCUCCUCCCAGAAGGGCAUCAAGCUGGACUUCAAGAGCCUGAAGGCUGUGGGUCCCUCCCUGGACCUCCUGCAGCAGCUGACAGAGGCCGGCAGAGUCCAGAGGCCCAUGUGGAUUAAUGCUGAUAUCCUAAGGGGCCCCAACGUGCCCCUCACAGUUGAGGUUAAUGCCACACAGUUCCUGGCCCUGGUCCAGGAGAAGUAUCCUGCGGCCACCCUGUCUCUGGGCUGGACCACUGUCUACGUGCCCCUGUUCCCAAAUGGCACAUACACCCAAGCCAUGGUAGAGGAGAUGCAGGGGCUGGUGGGAUCGCUGCCUCAGAGGGUCACCUUCCCCGUGCGGGCUGUCAUGGUGCGAGCUGCCUGGCCCCACUUGAGCUGGCUGCUGGGCCAGUCUGAGAGGUACAGUCUGACGCUGUGGCAGGGCACCUCAGACCCUGUGUCGGUGGACGAUCUCCUCUAUGUCCGGGACAACUGCGCUGUCCACCAAGUCUACUAUGACCUCUUUGAGCCUGUCCUGUCGCAGUUCAAGCAGCUGGCCUUGAAUGCCACACGGAAGCGGAUGUUCUACACUGGAGGCAGCCUGAUCCCUCUUCUCCAACUGCCUGGGGGUGAUGGUCUGGACGUGGAGUGGCUGGUUCCUGGCGUCCAGGGCAAUGGAAGGACAGUAGCAGUUACCCUCCCAGACAGAGAAGGCAUGAUCCUGCUGAACAUUAGCCUCCAGGAAACUGCAACCAGGGGCCCUGUGCCCAUUGUGAGUGCCCCAGGUGGCCCUGUCCUGACACUGGAGUCAUGCCUGUUGCAGCUGGCCACGCGCCCUGGACACUGGGGCAUCCAUUUGCACAUAGAAGAGCCCACAGCUCUCCGGCCAUCCUUGGCUAUGCUGGAGUACCUCUCCAUCCUUGACCUUCUGCCUCGGCCCGUGUGGGUUGGGGCCACAGUCUCCCAUGGGAGUUUUGUGGUCCCUGGCCAUGUGGCUGGCAGAGAGUUGCUUACAGCUGUGGCUGAGGUUUUCCCCCAUGUGACUGUGGCACCAGGCUGGCCUGAGGAAGUGCUGGGCAGUGGCUACAGGGAGCAGCUGCUCACAGAUAUGCUGGAACUGUGCCAGGGGCUCUGGCAACCUGUGUCCUUCCAGCUGCAGGCCGGGAUGCUGGGCCAGAGCACAGCUGGAGCCGUAGCCAGGCUGCUGUCAGCCUCCCCCCGGGCCACCGUCACAGUGGGGCACAGCCCUGCCAGGGGCAGCUACACAGCUGUGCGGGCAGCAUUGCUGGCAGCCAGGGCCGUGGACAGAACCCGAGUCUACUACAGGCUGCCCCAGGGGUACCGUGAGGACUUGCUGGCAGAUGUUGGUAGAAACUGA